UUACCUACCAUUCAUAAAUUAACCUUGUAUUUGUGAUUUUGUGAAUUUGACUUGAAAAAGAGUUUCCGUGUUUGAUUCCAAAUACCAUUAUUUUUAUGUCAGUAAUUUAUAAUUUUGGAUUAUAUAUAAUAACUAUUUAAUAUGAUUUGAUUUUCAGACUUUGAUAUUUUAAAACGGACACCUCAGUGAUUGUGAAAUUUCGGAAAUAAAUAGUAGAUAAAAAGUGGAACAUUCUGAUUAUGAUUUGCAAUUUAAUUGCCCUUCUGUAAUUAUAGACAGUGUUAGUUAUUGCUUUUUACAUAUAUUAUAAAUUGUAACUGAUCUGUGCCAUCAAAAUGUGCGGAGGAUUCACUUGUUCUAAAAAUGCUCUAAUUGCAUUAAAUGUACUUUAUGUGGUGGUGGCAUCUAUCCUGAUCUCAGUAGCAGUUUAUGGACAGGCAUCAUCAGUGGUUGGUAAUCUCCCCAUUGUGGGUGGAAUACUUGCCUGUGGAGUUUUUCUUAUAUUAAUAUCCUUAUUAGGAUUAGCUGGGGCUGUGAAACAUCAUCAGGUUAUGUUAUUCUUUUAUAUGGUGAUUUUAUUUCUUCUGUUCCUCGUCCAGUUUUCAGUUGCAUGUGCUUGUCUUGCCGUUAACUCUGACCAACAGGAAACACUUGCACAGCAGGGUUGGAAAAAAGUGAACAUGGAUGUGAAGGAACAGGUUCAGGAAAGAUUCCAGUGUUGCGGAUUCCAAAGUAGAAUAGUCCCAGUAAAUGCUACUGCUGACUACCCAUCAUGUGAUCUUGUUGAUAAAAUUUGUUGCAAUAAUAUGAACAAUUUACCUAACUGCCAAUGUGAGCCAUGUAUGGAAAAGCUGAAAGAAACUAUUGACUAUGCAUUCAAACUCUGUGGUGGGAUUGGAUUGUUUUUCAGUUUCACUGAGUUUCUGGGUGUAUGGUUGACAGUAAGAUAUCGUAAUCAAAAGGAUCCGCGAGCUAACCCCAGUGCAUUUCUGUGAAUUAUCUGAUGAUUGGGACUUACAGCAUUUUAUCACUUGAGUUAUUCGCCGUUUGGCUUGCCCGGCGCUACCGCAACCAGCCGGAUCCCAACUACAAGGAGCCACAUGCAAUUUUCCCAAGGAAAAAUUAUCUUUACUAAAUUUCAUUCCCAAUAUAUCAAUUAGUUAUUUACGUGUGACGAUUCCCAUGUGAUUCUUUUGAUUGGCGUAUUAAAUGAUGUAGACAUCCAUUUAAUUUUUUCUAUGUACUUCGAAAAAAGUAAUUACUUCAAUUAUACUGUAAUGUUUAAUAGUAUUAAAGUCAAAACUAAUAAUUACGAGGGAAAAUAUAGUUGAAAAAUAAAUUUGUUUUAACAAUAAUGAAAGGAAUUCAUUUUGCAUACAUAAUGUAUGUAAAAUCAUAUAAUAACGAUUAUGGUGAAAUCUUUAAACUGUCAUUUAGUAGUUAAAAUUUUUAUUGUCAAAACAAUUAUAAAAAUUAAUCAGUAUACAAUGUAAUGUUUUUUCGCAUUUACUACAGUCUUAUACGUCAUCGUGAACAAAUUAUAGAUUACAUUACUCCAAUACAGGCCGAGUUUAGAAGUGUGUGCCUUUAUCACAAAUCUAUCCUUUUGUCGCUAUUGUGAAAAAGGAACGAACCCAUCUGUUCAGAGCGGAUUUUAUAGACCAGUUCAAUUUGCUAAGAUUUGAUUUUCAAUCUAUAAUAAUUUAUAUUGUAUUCUAUUAGUCGAGGAAUUUUGUUAUGAGUAAAUGUUUGCUCAAUUUUCUUACUAAUAUAUGAAAUUGUAAAGAAUGGUGGCAUAAAUAAUGUAAAUAGUAUAAGUAUCUAUAUAAUUAUUUGUGGACGUAAAUGAUUUUUAUGAUUUAGUUUAAUAUUAGACCAAGUGACGAUAAAUUUAUUGCUUUAAUCCGUUUCUACCUUAUUUAAUAUUACGUCAAUCAUGUUUUAGGUAAGUAGAAAAUAUUUUGUGUCCCAGAUGUGUUAUAUUAAGUAUAACAAUUGUCAAUAAAAACAGGGAAUCCAUUUAAAUCGUUUGCGAAAAAGUAAUAGAGGCUUGAUUUAACUUAAUUUUUAGUAAUUAAUUAGAUACAAUGAAUUAAUAAGUUCUGUACAAUUAUUAUAUGGUGAUUAUCUGAAAUAUUGUAUGUUGGGGUCUGAGCUCGUUGGAUGGCAUGUGAUUAUUUUCUUAACCUUUUACAAUGGAGCUAUUGCAGUUUCUUGCGAGUCGAAUGAAAAGUUGUACGUUUCAUCUACUAGUCAGUAGUUAUAUGGUAUAUUAAUAUAAUUAUAGCAUACUUUUCCUUUAAAUUUCUUUACUUAGGAUUAUGUCGUCGAUAUCUUCCAAAUGUGUAAUAAAAACCUACAGCUGUGAUGAAAUGUAUUAUUCGCUAACUUCUAAUUGCUUUGAAUGUUAUUGAAUUGGUGUAUAAUGCGGUGUAUUUUGAGUAAUUGCAUAUGAAAUAGAUCUAUUGAAGGUGAUAGGGUCACCUCAUUCCAUAAUUAACUUAAAUAUGCUCAGCAAAAUGUGGAAAUGUCGAAUGUCACGGCAACUGUUCGAACUAUUCCAUCUGGAAUUAGAUGCAGUUAUGAACACAUAUUUUUUAUUUAUUUAUAUUUAAAAAAUACGAAAUAAUCUUAUGAUUAAAAGAAAUAAAAUCUUGUUAUUUAACCGUUUAACAGUUGAUUUAAUGUGACUUAAUUUGUCCUGUGCUUAUGACAUGUCGGUAAUGUCAUCACAUUAAACUAUAUAGCUAAUCAAGGUAUGAAUUAAAAUUAUUCGAGCUGUUUAGUGCUCGAACUAUAAAAUUGUUUACUUACGAUUAAUGUAUUCUUGAAAGCUUCAGUCUUAGAUGAUUAUACAAUAUGAAACGUUACUAACUGAUGUUUCUUCCUAUCAAAAUAUAAAUAUAACACAUCAUCAGUUGAUAUCUACUUAAACAUUUUUGCUGAUAAUGUAAUAAACAGAUAUGUCUAUUGGUUUAUCUAUCUAUAUCAAUAGCACUUUUAUGGCAUUCUCUUUCUAUGAUCUCUACUUAUUAUCAUGUCGAAGAGUAAGAUUGUUAGUCGGUGUAAUGGAAAGAGAAUGGCGUGAUGGUUUCAUGCCAUUAAUUAUAUACUAAAUCAUGUUCGUGCACAUUUUAAUGCAGCAUGUUUCUUUGGAAGCUCUUUUAAAUUUUUUUUUUAAUUUAUUUAAAUAGGUUAACCACAUUGCAGUCACAAUUAUUUGUAGAUUGAUUUUUCUUGGUUUGAAUUUAGAAUUUGUAAUGUAUAAAUAUAUAUAUUGUUUUGUAAAAUUUGAUUCAAAUGGUGUGUAUGUGAUAUCAUGGAUUACUCCUCAUCUCAUCAUAGAUUUCCAUUAUGUAUCGUUCUGCAUGGAUUCCGUGCCGUAUUAUUAUUUCAAUAACAUACCUAUGUCAAAAUUUUUACGAAUUUGGUAAAGUACAUUUAAAGUUGCCUAGUCGUGGCGGAGAAUGGACACCGUUAUCGUAGAUAAAUAUGGAAGACUAUUCUUAUGGUGAUGAUGCUUGCCUUCGGGUUGAUCCAUUGUUUUCCUUGAUAUCACGCAUCAUCGGAAACGAGUUGACUGGGACGGGCCAAGUAAAUUAACAUCGCAACUGUAAUGAGGACAACCUUCGUUCAUGAUUACGAUAUAGUAUACAAUUUUAUAAUGAUAAUCCAGUUGUAGGUUUGUUUAUAAACAACCUAUGUCGUUUGCUCUUUAAGCUUUAAUAUUAUUAUUUUCUACCACAUUUUUAUAAUUUUAAAGGCAAAGUAGGUACCACACUUAUAUUCCAUUACACUCAGUAAAUGAACAUAGAUAUUUAGGUUUUUUUUUAUUUUAUAAUAAUAUUUAUAUAUACAUAUACAUAAUAUACAUACACUAUUGUAUUAAGUAUAUGCCAUGCGGUUCUAAAACAUGGUUUAUAUAAUAUUACAUAAUUUUAAGUUAACUAUUCGUAUGGUUAAAGUGUUAAUAAUUCAUCAUCAUUGUUAACUAUUGGACAAAAAACUAUUCUUUAUAAUGUAAUCAUAUCAACCCUAAAAUCAUCCACUGCUGCUGUACAUAAGUCUUUAUCCUUAACUAUUAUGAAUAUCUAUUAUUUCUAUUCUCAUAAUGAUCAGUGUAACUGUUGAUAUUUAGCUAUUUACUUCUAAAAUAAAUUGUGUAAGCAUUGA